AGUUGGUUGGUUUGAACAACCAAGUGUUAUCAGAAGCGGACAGCUUCAAGCAAGAGCAGUCCAACAUUAACAAACUUGAGAAGCAAGCAGAGGAUUUCCUCAAUGUUGUCUUCUAUAGAAAGGCAGACCUCCCGAGAUUUACAGACCCCCACAUUCCUCUAGUGGCUCGCGCGAUCAUGCAGCGAAUGAUCCGACAGUUCGCUGCCGAAUAUACCUCAAAAACCAGCUCAACUCAGGACGUACCCCAACCCCAGUCCCAGCCCAACGGCACCAAGGACCAAAGCCUGCCGAAAGCGCCCUCGCUGGAGCCGGACGCCUCCACACCCGGUCCCGGCGCCGCUGCCUCCUUUGUUGAUGGAGUCCUUGACCUCUCAACUAAGAAAAACCACAGUCAUGGUAGCGUCUCACUGAAAAGCUCUCAAGGUUUCUCAAUCAUGCCCACAGUUAAGGGGCGUUCCCAGAGAGCUGAUCACAACUAUCGAGAUGUUGAUGAUGAGGAUGGCUUGCCACCGAGAAGCUUGCAUGAUGGGAUAAGGGAGAACUGUAUUGGUUCUGGACCCCUCAAGCCACCCUUGGCCCGCUCGCUCCUCAUAAAAGAGGAACUCCUGAGCCAGAAACAUCGCCUCCUUGGCCAACCUCUUUCUUUGGCUAGCCUAGAGUCUGCGGGUCUCCUCAACAGCCAAGCCCAAUCCCUCCUUACCCGCGAUGGGACAUGGGGGAAAUCCCAUCUAGAUGGCCUCCUGAAGCUCAAACAAGUUUGCGGCGACCUCAACGACCUGCCUCUUUUCCAGGAGAACCAAGGCGCAUUCACCAAGGGUACAAAGUCCCAUGAUAGUGGUUUCAUCACGGUAAAGAAAGAACCAGGACAUUCCCCUCCAGUGGACUUGAAGAUCCCGCAAGUCAGAGGCAUGGAUCUGUCUUGGGACUCCCAUGGGAAUGCAUCGGAUCUCUACACUUACAGCUCUAUAGUUUUGGGCAAUGUGCACUCUGAGAAUGCGCUCAGUAGGAAGCUGAGGGCCAUCUUGCCAAAGCAGGGUCGCAGAGCCGCUCUCGGAGGCCUUCUAGAUGGAGGAGCCGUGGGUGAAUACUGGGGUGCAGAGCUUGAACAGCCAACUUUGGGACCUCAAUACCCGACAUCAGAUCCAGAGGCAGACCCGACCGGCUCCAAGCAACCCCGAAAGAAAAGGGGACGGUAUCGUCAGUACAACAGCGAUAUUCUAGAAGAAGCCAUUGCUGUGGUGAUGAGUGGGAAGAUGAGCGUUUCGAAGGCGCAGAACAUCUAUGGUAUUCCCCACAGUACCUUGGAGUACAAGGUGAAAGAGAGGUUGGGCACCCUGAAGAACCCACCAAAGAAAAAGCUUAAACUGAUGAUGAGGGCAGAGGGGCAGGACUCUGGGAUCACCACUGAAACCGAAUCCACGUCGACGCCCGCCACCACACCCAUCGCAAUGCAAGUGGAUGUCUUGCAGGGGACAGGAGAAAAAGUCGAGUAGAUAACACAGAACACCUCAUAAAACGGAAAACGUUUUAGAUUCUGACAGACUCAAAAAACUAAAAUGAUUUGGAAUUGAGGAUGGGGCUUUAAUUGUGCCAAUUUAUACUUGCAGUAUCUGGGUGAGCACAACUGCAGGGAUUCAUGGGAGGAUUUAAGCCUGAUAACUGGGGAUAAGAAACAAAUUGGCAGUUAUCACAGUGGUCGCAUUGACACUGCAAACAUUUGCUGAAGUUUUUUACAACAUAAAGCAACAAAUGCGUACUAAAGCCAUAAGAGAGUAUCGACAGAGAGACAUUUUAUUAAAAAAGAAAGGCAAGCAGAUUAACCCUUUGUUCACCCCCUUCAUCUGAACUUUGCGAGCUGCGCCAUUAGUGCUCAUGCGUUUUGGACGGCAUGCCAUUUUGAGAAACGAGAAGCGGGGUUUCAAGGGUUACGUGCAAGGCUGGAAAUUGACCCAUCAAAGAUUAGUUUAUCUCCUCUGAUUGGUAGGUUUAUGAAAUAAUUCAUGAUCUUUAAAACUAAUUUAUUUCAAAUGGAGUUGACAAGGAUUCUCACCAAGGAUCGAUCCUAGGCCCAUUUUUCUAUUAACAGGUAAAAACAAUUGCUUUCAACUCUUUUUAGUUUCCUCCUUUUAUAU